AGGUCGGCUGAGGCCGCUCACGGCCCAUCUCGCCAUCGUGGUUGUUUGCGUUGGUCAACUCACGCUUGUUUAUUUUGUUUUCUGUGACUGGUUCAUGCACGUGCGACUGUGAUAGUUGCCUUUUCUGAUAACUUUUUAUAGGUUUUCUGAAAGUGAGCAUAAAUUUAGUAUUAAUCAUAUUUUACACUAUUCAAAUCAGAAUGACGACUGGGAUUAAAGCUGCGAAGAAAGCUAGAGUACAUAUGUCGGCUCCUCAGCGAGAUACGGAUAGUGAGAGCGAUUCACUAUCGGAAAAUGAUCAGUAUGUAUCCGAUGAAGAAUUCCCUGUUUCUGACGAUAACGAAUGUGGAAGUCAGAAUGAAGACGAGAAGGUAGCCUCCAAAUGGGCUCUCACAAUGGCGAAAUAUCUGCGAAAAAGCGGCGAUGCUUCGAUUCUUUCUAAGGCAACUAAAGAUGUCGAUAAGCAGCGAAAACGUAAACAGGGCAAAACUACUAAUCAGUUUGAAAUAGUUGGCCAGAAUCAAGAAGACGUAAAAGAUGAGAAACCGGAUGCUUUAGCUGUGGCAAGAGAAUUGACCCGUCAAAGAGCACUGUUGAAAAAAGAUAUUCUGGGAUUACGAGUAAGGCCAUCAAUUGGAGAUUUCGAGCGGGAACGUACAUUGAAAAAAAUUGCAACUAGAGGCACCGUUCAGUUAUUCAAUGCAGUCCGUCAACAGCAACGGGACGUAAACCAAAAACUGCAAGAUGCAGGAAAAUUAGAAUAUAAACGGGAAAAAGUGCUGAAGAACCUUAGCAAAAAGGAAUUUUUGAAUGUGUUGAUGAAUGGGCCACGGGCAAAAUCAGAGCUCGUGGAUAAUCUUGUCAAAAAGGAAGAAAUGGAGAAUGAGAUUAAAUCCGAAGAUGAAUCAGAUGACGGCGUUGAAUCCAAAACGACGUGGGCAGCAUUGAGGGCAGAUUUUCUAAUUGGCAAAAAAUCUGGUUGGGAUAAAGAUGUUAAUGAUAACAGUGAGAAUUUCGCACAGGACGAAGUAGAUAGAAGUUCAGAUUCCGAUUAAAUAAUUAGUCUCAAUA